AUGAAACUGGCCUGCGGAGACGUCUUCCUAUUUCGUGGUGUCAAACUGAAAAGAGCGUCACAUGAAUUACUGUCACCAAACACAGUGCAGCCGCCGGAUAGAAGACAGCCUCUGGAAAUGGCUCAAGAGGAGGACAGUGAAACCACACAACAAACAACAGCCAGCGAUGACGAGAAGGUGACAACGAGACAGGCCUCUCCUUGCGUUAUUGAAAUUCACGACUCCACGACUGAGUGUGAGGAAGAAGUGAGGCCCGGUCAAGUGCAGGUGGAGGAGAAAGCUUUUGUAUCAACUUUGCACUUAUUUAUGAAGGGCAAAGGUACCCCCAUAGAAAGAAUACCGCAUCUGGGAUUUAAACAGAUUAAUCUUUGGAAGAUCUACAAAGCUGUUGAGAAACUUGGAGGCUAUGAUUCAGUGACCGCGCGACGUCUGUGGAAGAAAGUAUAUGAUGAGCUGGGUGGAAGUCCAGGUAGCACCAGUGCUGCUACUUGUACUCGAAGACACUAUGAGAAGUUGGUGCUUCCCUUCGAGAGACACGUUAAAGGAGAGGAGGACAAACCUCUACCUCCCAGCAAACCACGGAAACCAUACAAGAGAAACCUGGAGGGCAAGGUGACCAAGCAUGAGGGGAAAAGGAAGAGGACUCUCUCAGAGGGGGGGGUGGAUUCUGAGUUACAUGGACAAAGAAGUCCAGACACUCUGUGCCAAAGUGAAGCAAUGAUAGGCCCUCACUUUCACCUCUGGGCCCCCUCCUCUGAAGUCUCCCCGCCAAACAGACCCUCCACUGAGUUCUGCACGUCUGUCAACGGCCACCUCCUGCAGAUCCCCGUAUCCAGCUCCCAGCUUCCUCAUAUCCCAUCUGCCGCCGGAGAAGUAAUCUCUCCCUUAGAGAAAAAAAAGCGAAUGGCUCAGGCCAGCCUUAAUUUGCAUCGAAACUCCCAGAGAGAGGACAAAGACAGACCUUCCGUCAUCCACUGCUCCCAGUCUCCAGCCCGGGCUUCUUCCAGCAGGAAUGGAAACUCCUCCGAGGGCUCCCCUCUCCCUAUGUCCACCUCAUCUUCCCGCAGUUCAUCUCCUCUGUCCGUGUCAUCAGACGACGGUCCAGUAGGGACAGAAGACAAACAUUCACCAAACUCAGAGAAGCCCCAGAACUGUUCUAAUAAUGCCAAAGUACACGAGGAUAACAAUUCAGUGAGCUGCAGUGAAACAUCUGCAGACCCCACGGGACAGCAUAAGGGAGUUUCUCAAGCCAGCUCUCACUCAUUAAGCACCGAUUCAAUCAAAAGUCAGAUUAAAGACUCGUCUUUGAAGUCAUACUACCAAGGGACUGGCAGAUAUUUCCCACAUCCCUCCCACUCGCCGUUAUUCUUCUCAACAGCUACCUCUAGUUUCACCAAAGUUGUUCCAAAAUCCGGCCAGCCCUUGCGGCCCGAUCCUAUCAGGCCAGGUUAUAAAGAGAACUAUAUCGCUUGCUCAAAGAAGGUAACCGGUGCGUUUCCAUGCCUUUAUCAGACAGAUAAGAGGGAGAGGUCAAGGACAAUGCCGCAAAAAGUCGCAUCAACACAGCACAGCCUUUCCGCAGCCGCCACCCCUCUGCCAGUGUCAUGCAUCCUGCCAAGCUACGAAAAAUCAGGGAGAGACUCCCGGCCCCAGCCCCCAUUGAACCCAGCAUUUCUCCCCCACAGAAUGAGACUACAUCCAUCUCAUCUGAUGUACCGGCAUAUGCCAGUAGGUCCAAGUCACUCUGCUCUAAUCGGAUCAUCUAUGUACCCAUAUCCCUAUCCCAUUCCUUUCUUAAGUCCCCAAUCUGGAUACACCUUUCCUGCCAUGACUCCCAUUUAUCCUCACAAGCUGUGAUAAUAAGUGUGAGUACUAUCACAACAUCAUCAUCAUCAUCAUCUGUGAUUCAGGAAAACUACCAACAAAUGUCUUAAACUCGUCCAGAUACCUUUUUAUGCAUUGUUUAUUACAGCAGUAAAUUCUCAGUUCUUCGUUGUACUGUAUGUAUAGAUUUCAGAAAGAUGCAUUUACAUCAUUUCAGUGCUAAAUAUUCCAAUAGAUUAUCAUUUGC